AUGUCUCGGGUCACACCACCCAAGCAGAGUGUCUCUUGGGAUACUGGUAACUCAGAACCUACCGAAGAGCCACAAGAGCCCAUCAUUCCUUCCAUACCAACCGAUGAGAUCAGUCUUGGAACGCCAUCGGGGUGGCUCAGUUGGGAAACUACUGGACCAGCUCCUACAGAUGCACCCGGAAGCCCUGACUACCCGCCUCCAGCCAAGCCAACGGAUCAAUUCAGUAUCGGCACGCCAUCUGGCUGGAUCAGCUGGGAGACCAGUGGACCUGCGCCUACGCCAGCUCCUGAAGAACCCGACUAUCCACCUCCGUCCAAGCCAACAGAUCAAUUCAGUAUUGGCAAACCAUCCUUCUGGAUAAGCUGGGCGACGGAUGGUCCCGCACCAACUCCUGAGCCGGAAGAGCCUGAGGAGCCUGCAUAUCCUCCAACUAAGCCCAGCGAUCAAAUUAGCAUUGGUAAGCCAUCAUACAGUGUUACUUGGGACGGAGACGGCCCAGGUGCUUCAUCAACGCCAAAACCAGAACCGACCUCUGAACAUCCCACUGUCACAUCACUGCCACCCAUUUGGUCCAACUCAAGCACCAUCAGCACAGCUCCUACCACCAGCUCCAAGUCUCCAGUGUCUUCUUCUACCAAAUCUGCUUCGUCCAGCAAGGUCUCGUCCACCAAGAAGCCCUACCCACCGUGGCACCCAUGGCCACCGAAGCCAACGAAACCAACGUCAAAGUCUACCUUGAAAUCAACAGAAAAGCCAACUUCGACUCCAAAGCCGUCGUCAACCGCGAAGCCAAUUCCCUCCCCAGUACCAGUGCCUUCGACAACCAAGAGCGCUUUCAUCAGUCUGUCGCCCCCUAAGUUCAGCGUGAGUUGGGAUUUGAACAGAAGAGAAGCAAAGCCUACUUCUACGACUACCAAGAAGACAAAAACGACUUCGACUAAGAAGACAACGACUACGACGAAGAAGAGUACAUCAAAGAGCACAUCGAAGUCAACCUCCAAGUCAACCUCCAAGUCUUCUUCUAAAGCUACAACAACGCCUAAGCCCACUCCUACACCCACGCCUACACCAUCACCAUCCCCUAUUCCUCUCCCUACCCCAACGCCCAGUCCUUCGCCAUCCUCAUCCCCCUCAACUCUGACCCCUACUCCUAUCUAUACUUCCACUACUACUCCCCCUGCCGAGAUCACCGUAGGCCCGCCCAACUUCAGUGUAUCCUGGAACUACGACGAACCCGAGCCUACUCCGUCACCUGAAGAACCGCUUCCCGAGGAUGGAGAAGAGCCCUAUCCUACCGACCCAGAAGAUCCCUUUCCUGAGGAUCCUUUUCCAGAAGACCCAGAAGACGACUUCCCACCUCCUUCUCAGCCAACCCAAGCAAACAGCAUCGGCCUUAACCCGCCUACUGUAACCGUGAUCUGGGGCAAGAAGCGCCAAGAAGACGAUGCUGUACCCACCUCAUCGCCGGAGCUUCCCGAAGACGAUGAUGAUGACGAUGACUUCCCUCCGCCAUCACAGCCAACACAGCCAAACAGUGUCGGCCUCAAUCCACCCACCUACACUGUCAUCUGGGGUAAGGAAAAGCGCGUUGCUGCUCCUGCGCCUGAACCCACUGCUGCACCCGCAGUAGCUGAGAGAGAUGCAGAAGCAGAGCCGAAGCCACAGAACAGUAUUGGCUUAGAGUUCCCCUGGCAGAGUAUUACGUGGCCGAAGCCAGCGCCGCCAACGUAUAUUUCAUGGGGGAAGAGGGAGGAUGAUGCAGCACCCACGGCAGUACCGCAGAAGAGGAUGGAGACGGUUUAUGUAAAAGGGAAGGAGGCUAGGGCUACUCUUGCUUGA